AUGGACCUUGGCGACCGCACGCCAUCUCAACUACUGCGCCACAUGCAGCGUCUUCUGGGAAGCGUUACAGAUCUCGACAGCACACUGCUGCGCGAGAUAUUUAUUCAGCGUCUCCCCAACAACGUGCGCGUGGCGCUUGCUACGGUGGCUGAAAAGGAUCUCGGCAAGAUAGCCGCCAUCGCCGACACCAUCAUGGCAGUAGCAAACCACUCCGCCUCCGUCGCUAACCUGCAAGUGGAGAGUGCUUCCGCCCCCUCUCCCAACGAAUUCCUCGAGCUUCCCGAAAAGAUCGCGCGCCUCACCGAAACAGUGGCAGAUUUGCAGGCACGCCCCUCGCGCCCUUUGGAGCGGUGCAGUGCACCGCCACAGCAGCCGCGACUCCGUUGGUGCUGGUACCACAGGAAACUUGGCGAUGCUGCGCGCAAAUGCGUUGAGCCCUGUGACUAUCCGGGAAACGUCAGAGGCCAGCAUUGA